GAUAAGAGACUGAGUGACAUAAAGAGUGCAUGAGACACCGUGUGUUCUUGGGAGUAUGUGGGCUCUGUUUAGGGCGUCGAGAGCAGUCUCCUGCUCAAUGAGGGUGCCCUGCCGGGCUAGAGCUGCAGUUAAUGGUGUGGGACGCUGUAUUACUCUGAAGAGUCAAGCAUGUUCACAUCUACAAGUAAAAACUAUCCACAAAGCCAUUUUAGUAGCUAUAAGCAGACCAGCAGGAACGCUGACAAGUACCAGUACUUUGGAUGAAACUACCUAUGAGAGGUUGGCUGCAGAUACGUUGUAUUCCCUCGCAGAGUUCUUUGAGGAUUUAGCUGAUCAGCCAUUCACACCAAGUGAUUAUGAUGUUUCCUUUGGGAAUGGGGUCCUAACAGUUAAACUCGGAGGGAACAUUGGGACCUAUGUAAUCAAUAAGCAGACACCAAACAAACAGAUCUGGUUGUCAUCUCCCAAGAGUGGACCUAAAAGAUAUGACUGGACUGGACAAAGUUGGGUAUAUUUGCAUGAUGGCGUAUCUCUUCAUAAAAUUUUAGAACAAGAACUUUCCCUUGCACUGAAUGCUACUCUGGACCUAUCUACCUUGGUGUAUUCAUCGUGAUGGACAGUUCGUCAACUUUCUUGUACAAUGAAGUCUGAUGCUCUCAUAAAUGACUACUAUGCAUUUUAGUUCUGUUAAUGUGACUUUGAUCACAAAACCUUCAGACAUUAUGGAAUCUGCUCCACAAUCCCUUUUUACAUUCACAUCUUUGCUAAUCAGUUUAAAGCGACCCUCCAGUUCAAGAAAACUAUUUCACAUUAACUGGGGAACAAACAGAACAGUUGCCUGCCAACCUUUUUAUUUUUUUAUCUUUUCAGCUUCUCAUCCCCCAAAUUCCAUGCGCUGCCAAGAUGGCCUCACUGCUUCUCAGAUUACCUUGUACAUACUGUGUAUUUGUUAGUCCAAAACAUGUUUUACUGCCCUCAGAUUGGUCUGCACUGCUCAUGUGAGCGGUAGUUGGCCAAUCCAAGAGCAGGGCUGGACGAGUGGGAGGCAUAGUAUGCAUCAUGUUGUCUGAUGAUCUUGGAUGGCAGAAGAGGAGCAUGGGAACUUGCAGAUCUGCAGCUGAAAAGAUGAAAAGGAGGUCACCAGGUAACUGUUUGUUCCCCAGUUAAAGGGAUUAUCCAAUUUCUCAACCCCCCCCCUCCCCCACAUGUGCCUGCACCGCCAAUGCUGCUUCUCCCUGCACAUGGAUGAAAACACCCGUGUUGUGGGGCAGCCAAUGGCAGGCAGGGACGGGGAUGAGCCUCCAUAGCAUUGCGGGUGACGCUAGGGAGUCCUGCCAUUGACUGUUUACAUCUGUGUGCAGGAAGAAGCAGCAGCGGCGGUGCAGAAACCAAGAGCGGAGCCAGGGAGGGGGAGGGUUGAGAAAUUGGAUAACCUCUUUUAAUAAAUAUAUAUAUAUUUUAUUUUAUUUUUUUUCUCCUCUGACAUCUGCAAUCAGAAAAGAAUUGGAACAUCUCCAGAUACAUUCAGGGGUAGACUGGCCAUAGACCUGACUGGGAAACUUCCUGGUUGGCCGAUACCCAGGUGGCUACCUGAGACUUUCUAUUGACCAAGUACAUAAUGAUCUGACAUUUUCUGUGUUAAUUAAUGAUGGGAGCAUCAGGUACUUACCUACUAUUACUCCCUUAAUGACCGGGAAAUUUUCCCUUUUUUCAUUUUAGUUUUUUACUCCCAGUCUUCCCAAAGCCAUAUUUUUUUAUUUUUCCAUUUACAUAGCCAUAUGAGGGCUUGUUUUUUGUGAGACGAGUUGUAUAAUUUACAGUUGCAUACAGUGUAGUGGGAAGCAGGAAGAAAAUUUCAAAUGAGGUGGAAUUCUAAAAAAAACACAACCAUUUCCUUUGUGGUAAAACUGACCUGUUACUUUCAUUCUCUGGGUACUAUGAUUAGAACGAUACCCCACAUGUAUAGUUUUUCUUGUUUUAAUACUGAAAAAAUUAAUACACUUUAGAACAAUAAAUUGUUUCUUUGCAUCACCAUA